AUGUCCCAUCAUCAUCCAACGACAGGCGUGGCAAUGCUGAUCGCCGCCAAUUAUCAACAAUAUCUUGAUUAUGUAGUUUAUUACGUUUCAGAAAAUCCAUUCUUCAAAAACAAUCCUAAAUUUCCUCCCGAAAGCAUUAAACAAAUCGCACUCUUUUUUCUUCAUGAAGCCCAAAAAACUUGUUCCACUCCUGAAGAAUUACAUGAAUAUUUGAAAAUAAUUCCAAAGAAAGCGGAAGAACAUUACAGACCUCAACUGGAUGCAAGUUCCUCUCGGCAACAAGCUAAAGUAACAGCUCCGACUCAACAGCCACAACAAAAACCCGAGGCUAAACAGGAGGCUAUUACCACACAUAUAGUCUCCGCUACACCUCCCGAUCAACAAGUUAAAACUUCGACUACACCACAAGCAUCGCCCCAACCAGCUCAAAUCCCUUCGCAACAGCCUAGCGUCGCGGAAUCGAUCUCUUAUGAAUCACUGACCAGCCCAGAACUGAUUAAGAAAGAAUUUUGGAGAGUUUUCUGGGCAUUGAAAAAAAGAAAAAGUUGGAAAUGUGGAUUUAGUAUAGCAGAAGUACCGGACAAUCGAGACCUACUGUCUGAGUUACAAGAUAUGGAUAACAAAUUUAAAAAACUGAUCAAAUUUGUGAAAGAUUGUUUUUUACAUAUCCAUGAACAUUACCAUAAAUAUAUGGAAACUUGCAAGGACUUGGACCCAAAAGAACGAGAGAGCAAAGCUUUCAAUAAUUUAGUUGAAAAAUCUGCAUUAGAAAUAUCAAAGGAGAAAAUUAGACUGUUAACACAAAUGGAAGUAAUCCUGACAACAGAAAAAGAAAAACUUGUGAAAUUUGAGAAAAAAUACGAAAACAAAUUGGAAGAAAUUCAAAAAGCUAAACGUGAAGCUCAAGAAUUUUUGAAAAUACUUUCAGACCCAUCUAUGAAGCUUGAAACUGAACAACGUUUGAGCCAGGUAUUUGAUAGAAUUAAAAGAUAUAUUCACGUUCCUUCAUUUGAUGAAUUCGUUGAAGAAGAAAUGGAAAAACGAAAAAUUCAUCAAAUUGGAGAAACAGAAGAGGGGCUACCAUCGAAAAGCAGAAAAUUCGAGAAUGGAUCUUUGGAGAACGAAGCACACAGAGGUAGACUCUUCAGCUCGUUUCUUAAAUUAUUACUUCACCGCCAAUAUUACGAAUCUUACACGUUUAUGGGUUUUAUUUCUAAAUUGACAAAUAACCUUAAACAUCAUCUAAAGAUCGAAAAAGGAUCUAACAUUGACGCAUCCAUUGACCUAGAUAUCAGAUAUUAUACCCGACAAGAACUAGAACCAACUGAAGCGGAAGGAACCCCUACGGGUGCUGUAUCAUCACCAGCAUCUCUUUCAUCAAUGAAGUCAACGUCAGAGUCAUCUAUAGCAACUAAUAUUACUGAUUUACAAUCUCUAUCAGUAUUUCAAAGUGAAGGAUUUGCUGAAAGCUCUGUAAAUUAUGUCAUUGAGGUCGCUAUUAACAUACAUAUUUCUGGAAGCUUUGAUCAGAAAGAAACAGAAAGCAGCUCAUCCUCAUCAUCGGUUGAUCUUUUACUUUCCCCACCCUUAAGAAUAUUUGUAAACUUUCAUCCAGAAUCUAACUCGAUUCAAAUCAUGGAUCCUGGAGUUGAUUUUAACUUGGAUAAUGUGAAAAUCUUUCCUUCCAAGCAAAACUUCUUGACCAUUCCAACACAAUCUUCUCUCAAAUCUCCAACCUCUCGUUAUUCCCUUCUCUCAAAUACCCUUUUCCAAGCUGUGAAACAAGCAAUUAUCAAAACAUGUACGAAUGCACAGCCUCCAGAAAAUCAUAUUCUCUCCCUUAUUCACACCUAUGUGCAAACAAGUACCCGAGCUCUUGAUGCCAUUAAUGUUGGUAUCUAG